UAUAUCCAAAAUGUCGCUGGGUGAUAUUCCUGAGUACGCGAAGAAGGAUUAUGUCCUUCGAAAAAUUGCCGAAGAGGCCAGACAAACACGUCGAAAUUGGUUAGCUGACCAAGUGUUACCAGCGGGUGAACCAAGGAAUAUACCAAAAAAAGUCCCAGCAUGGCAGGAAGUGUUUAUUAAGCCCUUUCGACCGCUCGACCGCAAAUUGAAUCAUGGUUUAACUCGUGCCUGGAGAACUGGAAGCAAGGUGUUUUUAUUCAUGAUUCUACCAGUCUGGGUUGCUCAUUAUAUGACAAAAUACCACAAUAAUAAACCUGGAAAUUUAGUUAUGAGCAAGCCAGCACUAUAUCCAGGCGAUUCUGAAGACUAAAUCGUGCAUCUGUUCAGUAUUUUAGAUGAACACAGAUCCUCUUCAUACAUUGUUUUGCUGUGAAUAUAGUUUUAUAAUAGCAGUCCUUUGAAUAGUACAGGCCUUGUUGAUGUCAAGAUGAUUUAGACUGCUUUAUUAUUGUUGCUUCAGCAUGUAAAAUAUCAAGUUUAACUUUAUUAUUAGUAUGAAAUGCACUGCUCAGUGAUGUCGCCCUCUAGUGCCAGGAAUUGAGACUUGAGGGCGCUCUCACAUUGUGUGUUAUAUAUACUCUGAACUGAAAUAAAUUGUUGACUGAAUCUUU